CAGAAACGAAAAAUAUGUUUUUUAGUGAAUGCACCUGAAGACAGCUAAACUUUUAUACUAUGCUGUAUGUCCAACUGCUGAUAAAUUGGUAUUUAAACCUCAGUCGGUUAUUUGCACGAGGGACUGUUUGGUUUUCUAACGUUGUUUGAUAAGUUUUAAUUUGUGAAAUGAACAAUUAAUAGCAAUGCUUGAGGAAAAAGAAAAAAUUAUAAACACAAAAAAUGUGUUUCUUACUUCACUGAUAUCAGGGGGCAUGGCAGGAACAUUUGUGGAUUCUGCGCUAUUUCCACUAGAUACAUUGAAAACACGACUCCAAAGUGAAAAGGGUUUUCUUAAAUCAGGUGGAUUUAAAGGACUUUAUAAUGGCAUUGGUCCAGUUUUAAUAGGUGCUGCACCAACAGCUGCCCUGUUUUUUAUGACAUAUGAUAGUGUUAAAGCAAUGCUUCAGCCUAGGAUUUCAGAGAAAUAUCAUUCAUUCAUUCACAUGGGUGCUGCUUCCCUUGCGGAAUUGGUAGCCUGCUUGGUGAGGGUACCAGUGGAAGUAAAGAAACAAAGAAAGCAGGCAUUAAUUCUAGAGAAAGGAAAACUUGGAAUCAGAAUGCUUUAUCGUGGUUAUUGGAGUACGGUAUUACGAGACAUGCCUUUCAGUCUGCUUCAAUUUCCAAUUUGGGAGUAUUUUAAAAAAAUUUGGGCACGUUACAGUAAUAGGGAAAUAAAGCCUACAGAAAGUGCUCUUUGCGGAGCUAUAGCAGGUGGAAUUUCUGCUGCAGCCACAACACCUUUGGAUGUUGCAAAAACAAGAAUAAUGUUAUCCAGUAGCACAGCCUGUGCGUCAGAACUUAGAAUUUUCCAUAUGCUUCAAGUAGUGUACAAGGAGCAUGGAAUGCGAGGCUUGUUUGCUGGGAUUGUUCCAAGGGUGACAUGGAUCAUAAUAGGAGGUUUCAUAUUUUUUGGUGUGUACGAACACUCAAUGGUCAUCGCAAAAUUAAUAUUUCCAACAAGAACAAUUUCAUAUGAGGAUCAUAGGCAGUGAUAGAUAAGGUCGAUAGGCAAAAAUUCUCCAACUGUA